UGCAGAAGGAGGAGGACCUGCGAAAGGUAGAGGUUGAGACACUCCAGGCUCAGCUGGCUUCAGAGCAGAAGGAACUAGCAACAAGGAAGACCCAUGUGGAUGAACUGAAGGAUGAACUGGCUACCCAGAAGCGCAAGCAUGCAGCAAACCUGAAGGAUCUCACCAAACAGCUUCAGCUAGCACGGAGGAAAUUGGAUCAGAUGGAAAAUGGUAAUUAUGACAAAGAAGGCAGCAGCAUGGGGAGUCGUUCCAGUUCAUCAGGCUCCCUUAACGCUCGCAGCAGCACCGAGGAUCGGUCCCCGGAGAACACGGGCUCCGCAGCCGCCGUGGACAGCUUGCCAGAAGUGGACAAGUCCGUCCUGGUUGAAAGGAUAGUGAGACUGCAGAAGGCACAUGCUCGAAAAAACGAAAAGAUGGAGUUCAUGGAGGACCACAUCAAACAACUAGUAGAGGAAAUCAGGAAGAAAACUAAAAUUAUUCAGAGCUACAUUUUGCGGGAAGAAGCUGGAACGCUUUCCUCGGAGGCCUCUGACUUCAACAAAGUACACCUGAGUAGGCGAGGGGGGAUUAUGGCAUCUCUCUACACAUCUCAUCCCGCCGAUAGCGGCCUCACGUUAGAACUCUCCUUGGAGAUAAACAGGAAGCUGCAGGCUGUGUUAGAAGAUACCCUACUGAAGAAUAUUACGCUGAAAGAGAACCUUCAGACUCUGGGAACAGAAAUUGAACGGCUCACUAAACACCAGCUUGAACUGGAAAGGAGAAUAAAGCCAACAUAACCAAACUUCUAUGGAAUAACCAGCAUGAAGAUGCAGAAAAGGCAGGUGCUACAGACCAUUGCUUUUUUACAGUUUUCCUCAAAUAUGGUUACCUGCUGGCGCAAGCAUCCAGUACUUUACAUAUACAGCCCUUAACUAUACAGGCUGUCUGUCUUCGAGUGAGAGAAGGUCCACAGGGUUUGGCAUCAGCCUGGUUCUGUCUGCCCAGUAGCAGACUGAGAU